AUGGCCAAAACACGACCCUCAAAGAAAUCCUUAAAAAAAAGAGCAAGAUCCGGGAUUGAUGGCAGCGGAUCUGCUGCGAGGAAAGUGAACGAAGAUCCCGCAAUUCUUUUCGACCAAGCCACCGUCCUCCUUCAAACUGGUCAACCAGAGGCCGCCCUUCCUCUCGCACAACAUGGAUUCGAUAUUGCUACGACCGGAUCCCCUAAUGCGCUACUAGGGUUGAACUUGCUUGGCCAAAUAUUUGUUGAGCUGGGGGAGAUUGAGGCUGCGCGAGAACAUUUCACACGGGCAGUUGCUCUAGAUCCGAAUGGAGAAAUCCCCGAGUCCGAAGGAGGUGGCGCGGAGAAAUUCCUAUGGUUGGCGCAAUUGAGCGAAAUUGGCGGAAAAGAUAGUGUGAACUGGUUCGAAAAAGGGGUAGCAAUCUUACGACAGAGAAUACAAUUGUUAGAGCAGGGCGGCAAACCUGAUAAUGUUUUGGCUGCGCAGGAACAGAAGAAAAAGUUGGCGCAUGCUUUAUGUGCAGUGGUAGAAAUAUACAUGACAGAUCUAUCAUGGGAAGAGGAUGCCGAAGCUAGAUGUGAAGCUCUGGUUACGGAGGCGCUUAUGGUUUCCCCUGAUUCGCCGGAAUGCUUGCAGACGCUUGCUUCAGUCAGAAUAUCACAACUUCGGCAUGAUGAUGCCAAAGCUGCGUUGUCGAGAAGCCUUGAGUUAUGGAAAGAUCUACCGCCAGAAAGCCCCUUGGUCCCAGACUUCCCCGCAAGAAUAAGUCUUUCCCGGCUUCUGAUGGAAGCCCAGAUGGAAGGUGAAGCGCUCGAAGUAUUAGAGAGAAUGGUUCUUGAAGAUGAUCAUAGCGUUGAAACAUGGUACCUGGGAGGAUGGUGUCUAUAUUUGUUAGGGAAGAGUGAAAAGCUUCCCCCUAAUAGCGGGAACCUCCCAGAGGUCGAACUACAACAAUCUACACUACGCUCCAGCCGAAGUUGGCUCAAGCAAAGUCUAAAACUUUAUGAGCUGGUUGGGUAUGAGGAUGUGAAGUUGAAGGAACAUGCUGAAGAACUCGUCCAUGAUCUCCAAAAUCAGCUAGGCGAUGUUGAUGUCGAUAGCGACGAUGAGGAAGAUGUGGACGGAGAAUGGGAAGAUGAAAGCAAUUGUCUAGAUGAUGACGAUGACGGCAAUAACAAAGAUCAGAAAAUGUCAGAUUCAUGA